AUGGCGACAACAAAUAUAACGGGACCACAGACAAAAACAUUUGAAAGAUUGAUAUGCUCUCCGGUUUGGGAAGUUGAUUUUAAACAACAUUCCAUUUCAUUCUCAGCAGUCAACAUUCUCCUCUCCAUCACAGCUACUCUUGCGAACUCUCUUAUCCUUGUUGCCCUUCACAAGGAAUCUUCCCUCCAUCCGCCAUCCAAACUCUUGUAUCGUUGUCUGGCAACAUCUGAUUUGUUGGUUGGUCUUGUUAACCAUCCUCUCUAUGCUGCCUAUUGGAUGUCCUUGGCUCACGAACACUGGAGUCUUUGUCGAUACGCGAGGAACGCAGGCUACAUAUCAAGCUUUACAUUGUUCAACACUCUAUUCUCCAUCACAGCGAUUCUGGGGAACUCUCUUAUCCUUCUUGCCCUUCACAAGGAAUCCUCCCUGCAUCCACCAUCCAAACUCUUGUAUCGUUGUCUGGCAACAACUGAUUUGUUGGUUGGUCUCGUUAGCCAGCCUCUCUAUGUUACUUAUUGGAUGUCCUUGGUUCACAAACACUGGAGUCUUUGUCGAUACGCAAGGGAAGCAAUCGUCAUAUCAAGCUAUGUAUUAUGUGGAGUGUCUUUGUUGACGAUGACAGCCAUAAGCGUAGACCGACUUCUCGCCAUGUUGUUGGGACUGAGAUACAAAGAGAUUGUAACUUUGAGGCGCACGUAUAUUAUUUUAGCUAUCUUUUGGGUUGACGUGCGAUACAUAAAAAUAUUGCUGCAUAAACUCGAGAUUGACUUUGGGAUCAAGGGCAACCUGGCUGCUUGGCUUCACAGCUACUUAAAGGGGAGGCGACAGUUCACAGUCAUUGACGGCGCAGCCUCUGAUUUUGCUCGCAUUAAUACAGGCGUUCCUCAGGGAUCAGUCCUCGGUCCAACCUUGUUCGCACUUUACACAAAUGAUCUACCUGAUAAUAUAACAAAUGCAACUGUUUUUAUGUACGCAGACGAUACCACCCUGUUCUGUAUCGGAGACACCGUAGACAUUGUUAUUGCCGAACUAAAUGCUGCUCUCAAGGAACUAGAGCUAUGGUGCUUAAGAAAUCAGCUAUUGCCUCACCCCAAGAAAUGCGAAGGCAUGCUAAUUCAUCGAGGAAACUUCACUGGUCCACUACAGUCAUUAAUACUGAUGAAUCAUUGUAUAAGAUGGGUUAAACACACCAGGCUGCUUGGAGUCUAUAUUGAUAAUAGACUUAACUGGGACUACCAUGUCAAAGCACUAAAGAUCAGCUUUGCAAAUAAGCUUAACAUGCUGAAGCGCAGCUUGUUCUUACCAAGACCCAUGCUACUGGACUUAUACUUUAAAGUAAUCUACCCAUCAAUUAUAUAUGGUAUCACCGUCUGGGGCGGCCUUACUAAUAAGGAGGGCCUAAUUGCAUUAGAGUCUUUACACUGUAGAGCGGCAAAAUUAAUUUUUAACUGGCCAUGGGAUAUGCCUAAGUCUGACGUACUAAGCAAAGCUCGAUGGUCUUCUAUUGAAACCACAUAUAAAGUUAAUUUAGCUAAACUGAUGUUCAAAAUAGAUAAGAAGACUUUACCUAUAUCCAUCUUAGAUACCACCGAAGAAGUUGACGUGAAUACUAAGAAAAAUCUAAGAAGUAAUGCCAACAUAAAAAGUGGAAACGACAGCAGGAUGAUGGCGACAACAAGUAUAACUGGAGAUGAAACACAGACAAAAAAAUUGGACGGAUUGCUAUGCUCCCAAGUUUGGGCAACUGAGUUUAAACAACAGGCCAUUUCAUUCUCAGCAGUCCACAUUCUCCUCUCAAUCACAGCAACUCUUGGGAAUUCUCUUAUCCUUGUUGCCCUUCACAAAGUAUCUUCCCUCCAUCCGCCAUCCAAACUCUUGUAUCGUUGUCUGGCAACAACAGAUCUGUUGGUUGGUCUUGUUACCCAUCCUCUCUAUGUUACCUAUUGGAUGUCUGUGGUUCACGAACACUGGAGUCUUUGUCGAUACUCUUUUGACGGAGGUGGCAUACCAGGCUAUGCUAUAUGUUCAGUGUCAUUGUUGACACCGACGGCCAUAAGCGUGGACCGACUUCUCGCCCUGUUGUUGGGACUGAGAUACAGAGAGAUUGUUACUUUGAGGCGCACAUAUAUCAUUUUAGUUAUCGUUUGGGUUGCAUCUCUAGUCGCUGGUUUAUUCUUUCAUCUCAAUUACCAUAUAACCUCUUGGUACAGUCUUAUAGGUGUAUCUUCUUGUCUAGUUAUCUCCAUCGCCUCAUACACAAAUGUUUUUCGCACUCUUAGUCAUCAUCAGGCUCAAAUACAAGAUUACACUCAGCAACAACAGAGCCAACCAGAUGCACUGAACAUGGCGCGAUACAGAAAGGCAGUGCACAGUGCACUGUGGGUGCAGUUAGCUUUAGUUGUCUGUUAUGUACCCUAUUUUACGGUGGAAAUUGUGAUCUCCCUUAGUAAAGAGCGAUAUCGGAAUGGCAUCAUAAUUGAAGGGAUGGCAGUUGCCUUAGUGUUCUUUAACUCUACUUUAAACCCGUUACUUUACUGCUGGAAGAUAAGUGAAGUGAGACGAGCAGUAAAGCAGACAAUCAGACAAGCAAUCUGGUAUACAUAA